AAUACACAAAACAGUUGAAUGGCUGACAAUCACUCAAACUCAUACCUGAUACCUCAACAUGAGGAGGAGAGAGAGAGUUAUAGAUAUUACUGCCAACCUCUCUAACUUGGUUUUUUUUCCACCCACAUAUUUUUUUCAAAAAAAGGCCCCCUCCAUUUUCACCCCCACCCCCACUUUCAUGGUGGGGUUUUUGUUUUUCUUCCUUCAUUCUCACAACCUCUCAUUCUUUGCUAUUACUACUACUUGUUCUUGUAAUUCUUGUUGUUGUUGUUGUUGUUGUUGUUGUCGCACGAUAUCUAUAUUUAUUAUGAACGCCGUGCAGUCGAAUACGGCGUCUUCUACGUCUUCGGGAGCGGCGGGGGGAGAAAAUUUGUCAUCUGGGAAGAAAGUGAGGAAGCCGUAUACUAUUACUAAGUCUCGUGAGAGUUGGACUGAAGAAGAACAUGACAAGUUUCUUGAAGCUCUUCAACUGUUUGAUCGUGAUUGGAAGAAAAUUGAAGAUUUUGUCGGUUCAAAAACUGUGAUUCAGAUUCGCAGCCAUGCUCAGAAAUAUUUUUUGAAAGUUCAAAAGAAUGGUACAGUAGCUCAUGUGCCACCACCUCGGCCUAAGCGGAAGGCAGCUCAUCCUUACCCCCAAAAAGCGCAAAAAAAUGUGUCAAUGCUUCCACAAACAGCCAUCGCUUAUUCUGCUUCCUUCAACACCAUUGCACCUGGAUAUCCUGCAUGGAGUGAUGGUUCAGCUCUCACGAAUCCUGUCACAAGUGGAAUCAUGCCAUCCCAAGAUGACUAUAAUCUCAAUAUUACCGAAGAUGUUGGAAAGAAGGGCUAUCCUAGAAUAACGAGCAACUCUACAAGUGGAAUUGGGAGCUCAAGCAGAUCUUUACCAGCUUCUGAGCUACCAAAGCAAGAAAAAGGCCCUGUACUUCAUGGUUUACCAGAUUUCGCAGAGGUUUAUAGCUUCAUAGGGAGUGUUUUUGACCCGGAUACAAAGGGUCAUGUGCGAAAGCUCAAAGAGAUGGAUCCAAUCAAUUUUGAAACAGUAUUGUUACUUAUGCGGAACCUCACUAUGAACCUGUCGAGCCCUGAUUUUGAGCCGAUUAGGAAUGUCCUGUCAUCCUAUGAUACCACCUCCAAAAAUGUAACACUUGCUGCUGGUGGUGUUGCCAAAAACCAGCCAGCUGAUGUGUCUUGUUAAGCUGGAAAAGCAUUUGAAAUAUUAGUAUAUGCACAAUGAUUGAAAGCUCAGAGACGCCAAAGAAGCCACUUUUUGUCAAGUUGGGUUCGAUCAAAUAAAAGCCUUCUCUGUUCCUGCCUGGGACUUGCAUGAUUAUCUGAUAGCUGAUUUACCUAUGUAUAUUCUCUAAAGCUUUUGUAGAGCAUAGUCCUUUUUUCUCUCUUUUCAUCUGUCUCUACGUUGUAAUUUUUAUAGUAUAUAUAGUUUUUCCUUUCUCUUUUGUGGAUUGGAGUUGGAGAGAGCAGCAAUUGCGCGUUGACUCCAAAUGUAAUGCCUAGAUAUUUAGGAUGUAUCAGUGUAUCACAUAUCCAUUUUUGGAAAUCCUAGUUACGAUUUUAUUUAAUUAUUUAUUUAAUAAAUCACUCACAAGCUUGAAUA